CAAAAAAUACAGCUUUCGUUUCUACAAUUCCAAUCUCAAAUUUGAAGUCAUCUCCAUCAGCUCGGAGACAUCAUCAGUGCUAUCCGACCGUACGAUUUUGAAGACGGAGCAGUUGCGACGCUCUCAGUGCGAUGCCUAGCCAACCGCCCCUCCCACCCCUCCUCACUCCCUACGUAUCGUCUCUGCCGCCAUCCUCCCUCACAGUCCUAUCUUCAGUCCUUGGCGCAACAGGGAAUUGGCUAGUCCUACGAUUUCUAUAUGCUGCCUUGAAUUCGUCGUCGACUUCAGACGCUGUUGCAGGCCUCAGCGACACCAACAAUGGGAGAAAGAGGAAGGUUGUGCUCGUGAGUUUUCUGCGGGGUUGGGAAUUUUGGAGGUCCGAGGCCAAAAGAUUGGGCCUCGAUCUUGCCCGCCUCACAGACAAACGCCAAUUCGCUUUUGUUGACGGACUCUCCGAACUUUUCGCCGCCCCCUCCGCUACUUCGACUCAGACACCAACAAUCCAACCUUCACCGCGAGGAACAGUGCCUCCCCGGACAGUUCUGCCCCUCAGGUCGCAACCCGGACCCGUUCCCGCGCGAGGACCGCAACCCGCUGCUCGGCCAGUCGCUGCCCCUCCGAACCCGCCAACAUCGAGAGAAGUCGGGCCAGUCAAGCGGCUUCACCUAUCAGGAAAUGGAAAUGCGGCUUUGGAUGUGCUCGAGAAAGACAUUGCGGCGGUGAUCAAUGAUCUGAAAACAUCAACAUCCGGAGAUGAACAGGAAGAGCCCGAGGUUUUAUUGAUUAUCGAUCAGCCAGAUCUGCUACUAGCCGCUACGGGUCCGAGCAGGGGCAUAGGCGCUACAGAGAUGGGAGAUUGGGUGAUGGGCCUACAACAGUACGCUCACGCAACGAUUAUGACGGCGUCCUCUGACUCUCCGUUGAUCCACAAUGCUUCCGCAUCUGCGCACCAGGGAGCAACUCCGCUGGAGACUGAGCAUGCCGCUUUCGCUAUCGGAUCGGCUCAUCGGGCGCACAUGGUUAUGCAGCUCCGAAACCUUGAAACGGGUGCCGCAAGGGAUGUCAGCGGUGUGCUCAGGGUCAGCAAAGGUGGCGCGUGGGGGCAAAAUGACAGCACCGAGGCUAAUAGUCACUGGGAAGAGAAGGAAGUCCUAUAUUUCGUUCAAAGGGACGGUGGUGUUAGCGUCUUUGGGCGAGGAGAAUAGAUACUGAAGUUGUUGCAUCAUUCCAUGUCAUGUCCAGGCGUUCAGGCGUGCAUGCGGAAAACAAUAGAUUUGGGGUAAAUAGAAAUCUUGUCGCAAUUGGAUCGAAAAAGCACACCUGUUGUCGCAGAAACCACAUCGUACGCACUCGAAGGGUAGGUUGCAAUCAAGUAGACAGAUCAUAUUGGACGAAUAAUCUCAAACU